ACAAACAACAAGACGACCGAGCGAGACAGAAAAACUCAUUGCGACCGUUGCAGAUACGGCAAAGAAUACAAAAUAGAUCUUUAUACAAUUCAGCUUCGAAACUCACACGAGACGAGUGUUAAAACAGAGACUCAGCAGUUCAAACCGUCGGUUCAUGCGAAGCGAAAAGAGGAGUGAGCUCUUUAAGGAAGAUUCAACUCUGGAGAAAACAGUGGCUGGCUAGUUUUAGCCUAGCUGGCCAGCAGGCUCGCAGAAGAGGUGUGGGCAGUUGGGAGCUGAAGGCUUGCAUAUGUAAACAUAAUACACAGGAGUUCAGAAUAAAAAUAAAAGAUCAAGAAUUGAGAGAAGAGUUACACAGCAAUAGUUACGGCAUUACAAACUGCCCAGAAAGAUUAUUUCCAACAGCGAUCGCUGUUAUUUAUGCUGCCACACAUUCUUAAUCAUAGUGAAUUUUGUCUUUUUUCUCUGAGGGGUUUUGAACUUGCUGAGACUUUUUUUGUCCCCCUGUUUUUUUUUUUUUUUUUAAGAUUUGAUGUUACAGGCACAUUAGGGUUGUGUGCCAUCUUUUGGAGCUCUUAUAUCUGGCUAGAUAUUCAUCAGCCUUUAUCUCCCUAAAACUGGCAGCUAUUUCAAUAUUCAUAGAGAGUUUAGAUUUACCAAGUCCACCUCAGCACACACAGAAACACUAUACAGGUUCUGACAGAACCACCUCAUUCUUGUUCCCCGUUCUGCCUGGUCCUUUACCGUCCUGUUCUUUGGACAAGAAAAUUUGAGCCCUCUGGACACACAGAAUAUGACUGCUGAGACACUUAACUUCGGUCCAGAAUGGCUCCGUGCACUAUCCAGAGGGGCGAGUGUGACGUCCCCUCCCCCUUCCCCUGCAAUGCCAAAGUCCAAGUUGGCCGACUACCGUUACGGCCGCGAGGAGAUGUUAGCACUUUAUGUCAAAGAUAAUAAGAUCCCUGAAGACAUGCAGGAUAAGGAGUUUGCUGCUAUCCUGCAGGAAGAGCCUCAGCAGCCACUGGCCUUGGUGCCUCUGACUGAGGAGGAGCAGAGAAACUUCUCCAUGUCUGUGAACAGUGUGGCUGUGCUAAGGCUUAUGGGUAAAGGAGGUGGAGCUGUGCCAACAGGUGUAGCUAGAGGUCGUGGAAGCACUCGAGGAGGUCGAGGGAGAGGCAGAGGAGAGGGCGGAUUCUACCAAAGAAGUGUGGAUGAAGAGGUCGGCUUUGGCCGAGGACGAGAGAUGCAUCGCAGCCAGAGCUGGGAUGACAGAGGUGAGCGGCGCUUUGAGAAGCCCUUGAGGCGUGAGGCUGGCCGUGGGGGUUUUGAGGAUGGUGGAGCAGUAGGAAGGAAAGAGUAUGCGCGCUCUGACAGCGAUAACUGGCGAACUCUCCGAGAGGAGCAGGAGGAAGAGGAGGCGGCAGCAGAACCUGGAGGAAGCUGGAGGAUUGCAGGAGGUCGUCGCGAUGAUGGGGGUCCUCGUUCAGCUGGUUGGCGGGAUCACAUCAGUGGAGAAGGCCGUCGGAGGAAGUUUGACUUUGACUUCCGUGAUGGAGAAGGUGGACGGAGGAGAGCAGGAAGCGAGGGAGGAGAGGAAGAGCGAGAUGGCCUGCCUGAGUGGUGCACCGAUGAAGAAGAGGGCGAGAUGGGAACUUUUGAUUCUUCUGGAGCCUUCAUGUGCAUCAAGAAAAACUCCAGAGAUGCAAUCCUUGAAGACCAGGAACUUGAAUUUGAGGCUCUGGAGGAAGAAGAAGAGUGUUGUCAGGAAAAGAAAGACAGCCCUGCUGAUAAAUUGGAAGAGUGUGAAGCUGCCACUGUGUAUGAUGGUGACAGGAAGUCAUCAUCAUCGUCUCCUCAUGCCGUGCCUGCUCCUGCCGCAGUACUCCCUUCAGAACAAGAAACCCCCAAACCCAUAAUCGCUCCUCCCCCAAAACCUGCUCCUCAGCCAGCUGAAGAUGCAGUUCCAGCAAGUGGCACCACCUCACAGACACACAGCUCCUCUCCUCCUUCAUCCACUGCUACUGAUCUUCCAGCAGUAGGGGGAGACACAGAGGAGGAAGACGGCAUGAAGCACCUUCAGCAGGAGGCUGAGAAGAUGGUGGCGUCCCUGCAAGACACGUCUCUUGAAGAGGAAUGUUUCACUCACGCUCUUCAGGAGAGCCACAUCUCCGCAGCACAUACCCACACACACCCAAAUACACACACACUCUCUCACUCCACUCCACACACUCUCCCGCACUCCGCCAGUGCCCUGCCACUGUCCCACGAAUCUGCAAUGAAGUGGUUCUACAAAGACCCUCAAGGAGAGAUUCAGGGUCCAUUCACUACAGUGGAGAUGUGUGAGUGGUUCCAGGCAGGGUAUUUCGCCAUGAACCUGCUGGUCAAGCGUGGCUGUGAUGAGGGAUUUCAGCCCCUGGGUGAAGUGAUUAAGAUGUGGGGGCGUGUGCCUUUCUCUCCUGGACCCUCCCCUCCUCCACUUCUGGUAAGAGACAAGGGAAACAUGGACCAGGAGCUGUUGAAGAAACAGCUUAGAACAGCUGCCACUGCAGCCCUUUACCAACAACUCCAGAUGAGAUUUCAGCACAUGAACAGCAGGUGUAGCGAGACUGGCAUGAUGCCUGCGAUGAACAGGUCCAUGUCAGUGCCAGACACCGGGCCCAUGUGGGACAUGCCUACCUCAGUCUCUCAGCAGUCAGGCGGUGAGACCAGUCUGUGGGACUUAACCAUGAGUAACUCCACUCAGGGUCCAACUCUUGAACAUUUGCAGAAAAUCCAGCAGGAGAGGCGUGAAGCUGAACUCAGGGUGAAGCGUGAAGAAGAGGAGAGAAAACGGAGGGAGGAAAAGCGCCGGCAGCAAGAGGAACAGAAAAGGAGAGAGGAGGAGGAGAUUUAUAGACGAAAGCAGUGCCGCCAGCAGCAGGAGUUGAUCAUGAAGUUUCUGCAGCAGAGCCAGCAGCAGAGCAUGUCUGGGAGCUCAGGGUGGAGCGGAAGCCAGGCAGGAGCUCUGUCUUUGGGCAAAGCUACAGGAAAGAGCAUGGGACUCCUGGAGCUGGAGGCAGAGAGACUUCACAAACAGCAGCAGCAGAGAGCUCAACAGCAGCAAAGGCAUGGAGGUUUGACAAUGGGUCAAUGGAAUGAUGGGCCAUCAGGGAUGUGGUCAGGAUCUAGCAUGGACGGGAAGGUCGGAGGGGGCAACCCCGCUAUGGGCAUGUGGGAUGAGGCCAUGAAAAACCAAUCCAGCCAUCGCAACAUUGGCCUGAAGAACAGCCGCAGCAGUCCCUCUCUCAGUGAUCAGUACAUGCUGAAUCGUCGUAAACGUACUGAUGAUGAGGAGAGACUUCUCAAGCUACUUCAAGGGAUGAAACCUCAGGAUGGCUUCACCACUUGGUGUGAACAGAUGCUCCAUGCUCUCAACACCUCUGCAAAUAAUGCUUCUUUGGAUGUGCCCACCAUUGUGGCAUAUCUGAAGGAAGUGGAGUCUCCGUAUGAAGUUCACGAUUUCAUCCGCAUUUAUCUGGGCGAUACCAUUGAAGCCAAAGAGUUUGCCAAGCAGUUUCUGGAGCGCCGUGCCAAACAGAAAGCAAACCACCAGAGACAGCAGCAGCAGGUUUCUGAACGACUGUCCAAGGAAGUCUCUGGAUUGAACAUGAACUUCCCCCUGCAGUCAAUGUUCCAGGCAGCUCAUAUAAGUAAGGGCGGCAGUGUGUACGACACUCAGGGAGGAAAAGCGAAGAAAAAGCCUAGCAUGAUGCUCCACUCUGACCCCAGUAUCCUCGGCUAUUCAUUCCUGGGGGGAGGUGAGCUGGAGCAGGUGGAGGAUUACUGACCCAGCCCGUCUACUUGAGUUUACCUGAGGCCUUAAACCUGGAGCAAAUCAGCAGAGGAAUGUGCACUGCUCAGUGAGGGAAGGGGCGGGGCAAUAUUUGCCGACGCCCCCUCUCUCUUUCUCCCUCUUUCUCUCACUCUGCACUGUGAGAGGAGCAGAAGGAGGUUAUUGGGAGGUUCGGUGGGAAGAGGAAGAUCCUCUUCCGCCUCCCUUCAGUAAAAGCACCUUACCUUAACCAUUGCACUUUAAUGUUUUCAUAUUUGAAAUGGAGUUUUGUCCUUUUUUUACAAUGCAAAAAAAAAAUGUGUGAAUAUAUUGUUGCAUAUAUUAUGUGUAGAAUAUUUGUAUGAGUAUACAUACGAGAGGUAGGAACGACGCGGUUUCCGCCGUAUCGAACGCGGAGGUUCGGAAACGUUCUUAGGGGGAAUUAGAGUCGAGCAUUUCUCCUAAAAGACAAACACUGUUGUAUUUUUAUGUUGAUGGUAAAGCUAUAAAAAUAUGAAAUUUGAAAACUUGAAUAUUUGCACUUGUUUAACAAAAAGAAAAAUACAAAAAAAAAACAAGAAAAAAGAAGUUAGGGUAGCUUAUGAGGAUUUUUGUGAGUGCGCGAGCGAGAUGAAGUCUGCACAAGUUUUAUUGCUUACUGACCUGUAUAAAACAGAUGCCAUGCUUUUAUUUUGUUCAACACAAUUUUUGUAUUUCAUUGAGCAUGUGUGCUAAAGUGUGAGAGAGUGUGUGUGUGUGUGCGUGAGAACAGACAGAAGUAGUAUGCUCUUUUUUUUGUACAUAGGCUCUUAAAGAGACCAAUAGGACAGUCAAGCAUUGCGUUUUUACCCUCCAGUGUUUCCAAGCAUGACUGAGGUGCUGUUUUGGCCCGUUUGGCUCUGUUCUAAGAGGGCAAUCUGGGUUUGUGUUUGGUGUAUAAAUGUAACUUCUCUGUUUGUACACAAACUAUACUUCGCAUCUACCCCUGUCAUUCAUUUUCUGUCCACGAUGUGAACCGUUGCCUUCUGUCCGGAAAGUGUUGAUGUGCAUGUGUGGAUUCUGUUGACUGAGACAUGUCAAGAGGAUGCUGUGAUCCUGUAUGUAUGUCAUUACUUUCUUUUUCGUUGCUGUUGAAAAAGAAUGAAUGAUUUAUUUUUUUAUUUUUCUAUACAAAGUAUUUGAACUUUAUGAGUUGGAGCACUUUCUAGGCUGCUACCUUGUAUUUUUUUGGAUAAUGUUUUUUAUUUGUUAGGUUUUUUUUUUUUAUUUGCCUCAUGAGGAUCUUGUAUUAUGAAUGAAUGUAUUCCAAAACAAACUAUGUAUAACCGUGCAUCUGACAACAAGGCAAGAGUGUCGAGACGGGACACCACCUCACCAUUCGGAAUAUGCCUAUUAUUUGAGGUCAGAUUCUGGGGUGCUCAUGGCCUGUACCAAACUCUUAUGGUCUCCGGCUGCUAGUGCUCUUCCAGAACUUUCUCACAGCGUUCGGAGAUUCAGAGUUUGUCUUAUGGCAUCUUGAGGGAACAGUCGUUUUUGCGACGUCUUGUUACUUGCGCUCUUGAUACAGGGCCAUUGAGAGCCAAGGAUCUGCAGUGUGUAGCAGUAAUUUUUCUUUUGUUUUCGAAAGACAAAAUCUAUUUUUUUUUUCCCCAACACACAAGUCUUGGGAUGGAAAUAUGUGAUGGUUUGCAUCAAAAAUGUUUAUUCACUUGAAUCCUCUGAAAAGGAAGAGACUGAGGAUCAGGAAAUGUUGGUACUUGAUCUGUAGAGAAAAAAAAGAAGAUUCCUGCUUCAAGCGUAUUUCAUUCUCGAUUCUGACUGGAUUAUAUUUUUGUAAAAAAAAAACACACAAAAAGACAAAAACAGGACUGAAAACAAGCAUGUAGAGUUGGAUAUCAGCACUAACUCGAAUGUCGUCCUAAAAUCUGAAAUGGAGUGGCAACCAGCUGCAUUUAGUGCUACAAACGGAGAGCAAGACGGAGGGAAUAUACAUGCGGAUCCAUUUCAUCCACACCAAAGGGAUGAAGUUUUCUGCAUUCGUUGAGCUGCAAUCCUCAUUGCUCUCUGCAACACUAUCAAAUGAAGGAAAAUCCUACAGCAUUUGAGAAAAAAAAAAAACAAGUGGUCAUUUUGAAUGUUUGAUUAUAAAAAAAACCUUUAUGCCUUUUUUUGAGAAGAUUACUGUGUGGAGAAACCACAGAUUCUCACAUCUAUCAAUCAUAUUUCUUCAGAAACUCCCUUUAAGGAGUUUAGAUGUGAUGAUGAUUGUUUGGAGAGCAGGAGAUUGACUGAAGCAAACUCUCCUCAUUUCUUCACGCACUUCACUUGAACUUAAUCUCAAGGACACUGGCUUGUCAUGAUUGCUUGAUGAUACAAUGAGAACUUGAGAGAGUAUUUCAGCAAUUGUUCACAUGGCAGCGUUUAUGGAUGCAAGUGGAACCGCUGAAUUGUUGAGAUGCAGUUCUUUGAGGAUGGACAUAACCUAGAUCUCCAUGUUGGGACUCUUAAAUUGGAUUAAGCAAGAGACCACAACUUUCUCCUCUUGUCUUUCUCUUGAGAACGGGACCUGCAGACAGACUAGGUGUGGAGAGAGACUUUGCAUGUGUCUGUAAAAGGACACUCGUACAUUUUUCUGGCUCUCACUCAAGUGAGAUGUGGAAAAGAUGUCCUGUAAAUAAUGUAAAUCGUUUUGGUCUGUUUGAGUUCUGUCCAUCUUAGGGCAUCAUUUUGGGUGUUUUACAUGCCUUAAUUGUACAAAAUAGAACUGCCCUGAUUGACGUUAACAUGAAAAAAUACUUAAUAGAAAAACAGCACAGGCUAUAUGUACACCGCUCGGUCCUCUAAAGGAAUCUGAGCCUGGCUGAGGAGAUUUCCCCCUACAUCAACUUCAUUCAUCAUACCAGGCUGUGGGAUGUUCCCACAUUUUCUGUGUAUUGUUGGUAUGUUAAUGUUCAAGUGAAUAUCUGCAACUAUUGAAAUGUACAGAUAAAAGUUGAUGAAUAUUGGUAUAUACUGAAAUCUGAAAACAGAAAGAGGUAGUUUACCUUCCUAUAUCAGUUCGGCAUUUAAAUUUUGUGUUAAAUGAUUAGAUGGGUAUGUAAAGAACAUGGGAAUAGUUUUACUUUGAGAAGAUCAAAAUAUGUUAAAUGAGAAAAUAAAAUUUUAAACGUCGAAA